AUGAUGAAGGGUAAUCAAACUACAGUGGUGACCGAGUUUCUCUUCUCUGGGUUUCCUCAGUUUGAAGAUGGAGGCCUCCUCUUCUUCAUUUCUUUGUUUGUCAUCUACAUGUUCAUUGUUACUGGGAAUCUCACUGUGGUCUUUGCAGUCAGGAUGGAUUCUCGUCUCCACAACCCCAUGUAUAAUUUCAUCAGCAUUUUCUCAUUCCUGGAGAUCUGGUAUACCACUGCGACAAUUCCCAAAAUGCUCUCCAACCUCAUUAGUAAGCAGAGGACCAUCUCCAUGACUGGCUGCCUCUUACAGAUGUACUUCUUCCAUUCACUGGGAAAUUCAGAGGGGAUUUUGCUGACCACCAUGGCUGUUGACAGGUACAUUGCCAUCUGUAUUCCUCUCCGCUACCCCACCAUCAUGACUCCCCAGCUGUGUGCUCAGCUCUCCACAGGCUCCUGCAUCUUUGGAUUUCUUGUGUUGCUUCCAGAGAUUGCAUGGAUUUCCACAGUGCCCUUCUGUGGUCCCAACCAAAUCCACCAGAUCUUCUGUGACUUUGAACCUGUACUGCGCUUGGCCUGCACAGACACAUCCAUGAUUCUGGUGGAGGAUGUGAUUCAUGCUGUGGCUAUCAUUUUCUCUGUCUUGAUUAUUACCGUUUCUUAUGUCAGAAUCAUCACUGUGAUCCUGAGAAUUCCUUCCAUCGAAGGUCACUGCAAGGCUUUCUCUACUUGUGGUGCCCAUCUUGCUGUCUUUUUCAUGUUCUACGGCAGUGUUUCCCUCAUGUACCUGCGUUUCUCAGCCACUUUCCCACCAAUUUUGGACACAGCCUUUGCACUGAUGUUUGCAGUUCUUGCACCCCUUUUCAACCCUAUUAUCUAUAGUUUGAGAAAUAAGGAUAUGAAAAUGGCAAUUAAGAAACUUCUCUGUUCUUAG